AUGAAGACAGGUCGACAGCUGACGAGUACGACGACGUCCAACAAUAAUACAACCACCUCAAUCACUGCAACAUCAAUAUCAAGAUAUAGGCUAUUGUUGGGUGCUCUGUUGUUAUUAUCUCUGUUACUCACUGUUGCAUGGAUUGUGAUAUCGAGCGAGCAGCAGGCCGAAUUGGAAUCAAUACCAACGCCUCACUUGGUAUCACCACUGACAAACAAUGAACAUGUAUUGUUCUUGCUGGGCAAUCGUGAGUGGGGCCAACUCUCUGCACUGGCAGGCGGUGCAAAGUGUGGACACAAUCAAACAGUGCUCGAACUCUCAUACGACAUGUCGCGGAUGCAUGAAGCUUCUGGCCUCUUCUACUUUGCCUCGGACAUUGACACGACCAAACCUAUGCGCAAGUGGCAGGUCCAGCUGCCCUACCCCGACCGCCAGGUCAAGGUGUUGUUUGGCAUCGAGUCGGCUGGCAACAAGUAUGGCAUGUGCUUUAGCACACCCGAGUGCAUUGAGUACUUCAACUGGACGAUCAAUUACCUGCCUCAACCCUACAACGAUAUUGUCGAGUCAUACUUGUUCAAGCCCGACUAUGAUAAGUUCUACGCACGCGAGCUCGAGACACCAUUCAACUUUGAAAGCAUGAUGCAGAUGAAGCAGCCGGGCCGCAUAGCAUCGUGGUUCAACAGUAUGUGUACAUUGGCAACUGAGCACCAAACCGAUGAUGCAGAAGAGAGCGAGCGCGUCAAGUUCAUGCGCCGCGUCAUGGACAAGAUGCACGUCGAUAGCUAUGGAGGCUGUUUGCACAACAAGGAUGAGCCGCCAGAGGGUGGGCGAUUUAGCAGUCAGCGAGACCUUAUCAAGAUCGAGGUGAUGAAGACAUACAAGUUCAACUUUGCACUGGAGAACUCCAACUGUCCAUAUUACUUCACGGAGAAGGCUCUGCAAUGUUUGAUGAAUGGUAUUGUGCCUGUGUACAUGGGCCACGAGACAACAUUGCAGUUCAUGCCACCUGGAUCAUAUAUAUAUGCUAAGGAUUUCAAGACGGUCACUGAGUUGGUGGAUCGACUACAUUAUCUGGAUCACAAUGACACAGAGUAUCGAAAGUAUUUCGCAUGGCGAGAGAAUCCAGAGACAUUGAUCAAAUGGGCCGACGCAUUUCACGAGAACAAUGAUUUGUGCGAUCUCUAUUCCCUCUACAUGAAGUUUAAAAGCAACAUGGAUACCUUUCCUCGCAAGCAUGCCAUUGCUGAUCCCCAGGCAGUCGCCUGUCGCGAGGACUACCAACAAAUUGAAUAA